UUCCUGACACACACCUUUCCUCACACGCGUCCUCAACCCGACGCCAUGAGCAAAAUUAAAAAGGGUUUUAAAUGGUUCGGGAGCCUCAGCAGCCUCUCCUCCCGCCGCUCUCCAGAGAAAAGCAACAACAAAGCAGCCUCUCAGUCUGAUGGGAGUCUCUGCGGAGCCAGGCAGCCGGCGGCAGCAGCGGCAGUGCUGGAGGAGACGCAGUCAGUGGACGACAUGCAGUCCGGCCUCCGCUGCCCCGGCUACGCCCGCUCCAGCGACAUGUACACCCAUGUGGGGACGGUUCCCCGCGGCGAGAAGCAGAAGAAGAGCCUGAAGGCUGCGGGGAGCCUGAACCCGGGAGAGCAUGUCCGAGACUCCCCGCUGCUCGGUGCUCUGUCCAGCCUCAGCCUGACAGACCCGGAGCGGGAGCGGCCGCUGCCCGCCGCGCCCUGCCGGGUCUCACCUUUGACCCCAGCACCUGCCGGCUGCCCGUCAGAUGAGCCCGUUACUCAGCGCGAGGCCCAGCAAUUCAACAUGGCUUCAAAGCAGGACGUUUAUGUUCCAAUGGACCCGAUUUCUGAAAGAGCGCGCAGCCACGGCGACCCGACGGCCUGGAGACAGGAAACCACCCAGGCUCCACAGGAAGUGGAGGCUGGCGGCAGGUUAAAAAAAGUGACAGAUUGCAGUGGAGAAUAUGUGAAAUUCUCCAAGGAGAAGUUCUGGUUGGAGCCGCCAUCGGAAAACCUGAGGAAGCAGCUGGAGGAGGAACUGAGGCUGAGUGGCACCUACCUGAAGAGCCACGCCUGGUACCACGGUCCGAUACCCUGGGAGGUGUCGGAGAGCUUGGUGGUGAAUGAAGGUGAUUUCCUCCUCAGAGACUCCCGGUCCAGUCAGGGCGGCUUCGUCCUCACCUGCCGCUGGGAACAGGAAGUCCUUCACUUCCUCAUCAGGAAGAUGGUGGUCCAGUCCGGGGAGUCGUACAGCUGGACCCAGUACAGCCUGGAAGGAGAGGCCUUUGAUUCGGUCCCGGCCCUCGUUCACUACUACGUGGGCAGCCAGGCGGCUCUGACGCUGUGGAGCAGAGCUCAGAUUAACCGGCCGGUGAACAGGACGCUGCCUCUCAGCUUCCUGGAAAAGGCCUUCAGCGCCUCGUCCAACCAGAGAGACCUGAAGGGAGAGGAGCGGGUCUGUCCGAUCAGCCCAUCAGCCGUUCAGCCCGGUACUGGAUCUGACUGGAAACAGGACGGCCGGGCGCUGAAUCCUGCUGCACAUCCUCCUCACAGUCACAACUCUCCGUCCAGGAGCCUCAGUUGUAGCCGGGCCCCCAGUGUCCCAUCGUCUCCGUCCCUAUCAAACCCAUCAGACUCCCCCCUGCUGGGACAGCGGCUCCAUGCUCCCGGCUCUGACCCGCCGCUGGACUCGGCCUCCUCCUACAGAGACGGCUUCUCCGAGCUGCAGCCUCAGAGCUACGUGGACCGGCUGCAGGCCGAGGAAGCCCCGCCCACUGCCCACUCUCUGGGUUCGGAGGAUGGGGACGUCUUCUUCUCUCCGGUAGUGGAGACGGCUUCCUGUUUCAGACCCGGCAGGUACCACUCAGCGCUGAUGCCGCAGGAGAACAAGCCCCUGGAGGUGGGCAUCCUGCGCAGGGUGAAGGAGCUGCUGGCUGAGGUCGACCCCAGGACGGCGGCCAGACACAUCACCAGGACCGACUGCACGGUGGCGAGAAUUUUAGAGGUGAGUACAGAGAUGAAAAGAAAGAUGGGAGUGAGUUCAGGAAUGGAGCUGCUGACGCUGCCGCAUGGACAGCAGCUGAGACUGGACCUGCUGGAGAGGUUUCAGACCAUGGCCACCAUGUUGGCCGUCAACGUGUUGGGAUGCACGGGAACGACGGAGGAGCGGGCCGCCCUGCUGCACAAAGUCAUCCAGAUCGCAGCCGAGCUGAAGACCACCACAGGCGACAUGUUCGGCUUCGCCGCCGUCAUGAGAGCGCUGGAGCUGCCGCAGGUGUCUCGUCUAGAGCAGACUUGGAUGACGUUACGGCAGCGACACACAGAGGGCGCCAUUCUCUACGAGAAAACGCUGCGGCCGUUUCUGAGGAGCCUGAAUGAUGGACGAGAAAGCUGUCCGCUGUCCAGCACCACCUUCCCCCACGUCCUGCCCCUCCUCACCCUGCUGGAGAAGAGCUCUGCGGUGGGCGAGGGGACGGAGACGUGGGAGACGGCGGAGGUCGGCGUGGAGGUGGUCAUGCUCCACCUGACGGCGGCGAGAACUAUCGCUCAGCUGGGCGGGAUCUAUCACUCCAACGCUAAGAGCAAAUUAAAGGGUUUCCAGGAGCAGGCCGAGGUCAGGGAGAUCUUCCUCACCGACUUCCAGAUGAGGCUGCUGUGGGGGAGCAGGGGAGCCGAGGAGAACCAGGUCCUCAGAUACUCCAAGUUCGACCAGGUUCUGACCGCUUUGUCCAACCGGCUGGAACCGCCAAUCAGACGACACUGAUCCCAAACACGUUUAACUGAUCAGCUGGUGGAUUCUCUGACAUCCGUUCAAAUCACUUUAAAGUGUAACUAACCCUCUGUGAAACCAUAAACACGCUUCCUGACAACUGCAGAAAAUUUUGAGAGGAUCUUGAUGUGGGCAUUUCUAAAGAGCUAAUUUGAUUGACUAGUUUGAAAAGUUCAAGAAGAAAACAAGAAGUUGAUGUGACAAUUUAUUGUAGAAACAGUAUUUUUUUAAAUGUUGUUUUAAAAUAUACUUUUUGUUUUUAACUACUUAUAUCAGUUUUAUGUUACUUCAGUAACCAAAAUGGAUUUUUUGUUGUCUUAUUUUGGUUGUAUUGACAUAUCUUUGAGUUUAUUGCAUAAAUCUGAAAAAUCAAAAUGAACAAAACAAAAAUGUAAAUGUUAAACAAAAAUUCAUCGUUGUAACUAAUCAGAAAAUCAAACUGCAGUGACCACAGUUCAACCCAAAGGGGGCAGCACUGGGCCAGACAAACAUUGCAGAACUGAACAAAUUUAUCCAAAAACAUCUUUAAAUCCACAUAGAAACUUUACAUAAAAUCCUUAAGGAAAUAUUUAGAGAGUUUAUCAGUAAAAAAAAAACUUGUUUUGGGGGUUAAAUACACUUUAAAUGUGACAGAUUAUACAGUUGCAUGGAAGCAUUUUUAUUUGAGCCUCACUGACGUAAACCUGAAGGAAGGAGAAUGAAUGCAUGAUAAACGUUUAUUAAGGUUUACAGCACAAAUUAUCUUUAAAUUUACAUCUUCAUUGAAAGGAAAUGUGAUGAGUUUUGUUUUUUGUGUUUUCUAACAUAUAUUUGGACUUCGACAUUGAAGAACUCCAACUAAGACUCUUAAUCCUGUAAUUUGUGAUUCUUUUAUCCUUUUAUCAUCCAUCAGUACCAGAGAAUAAGAGUCCAGGACUUCAGACUGUGCAGCAGCCUGUAAACACAAUGUUUGUGUGAAAUGAGUAGAACUGCAGUGAGGUCCAGUUCCCGGUUCUGUUGGGACUACAGGAAGCUAAUGCUGAACCUUUUGUCUGCCUGAAGGCUGGACCUUCAUUACAUAUUGGACCAAACAAUGUCUCUCCAUCUUCACUAUGAAUUUUAUUAAUAAAUGGUAAAUCUAUUGAAGUUAUCUAUCUAUCAGUUUGAGGGAACAGCUUCUGACAGCAAUAAUUAAAAUGUACAGAAAUCUUAUUUAAUCCUACACUUAAUAUUUAUCUGUAUAGUGUUAUAACUGUGAAUAAAUAACAUUUUCCUCUCUGAAAA